AGGGUUGAGGACGCCAGCUUGGCAGAGCAGGCUGGGGUUUGAAGCUGGAGAGGUCGGAGGCUAAGGUCGCUCUGGACCCUGCUCAGGUGGAAGGCGUUUCCCUCCGGAGCUGGUGACGCCUAGGUAACGUUUUUUCCGGCAGCGGUGAUAAGCCCGUCGCUCUCCCAACUCUUGGUUGGGACCUCUGGGUUCUUCUGGGCUGGGCUCGAUCCACCCGCUAGAACCCCCGCCCAUUUCAACUCCAUUUGGGGUCCCUCCUCCUCACCCCCCGGGUUCGGCGAAUCAACUGCCAGUCGCCCUGGACAGGCGAGCUAGUGCGAAAUGCCAGACCUCAGGCUGUACGCACUGGGAAUAGCUGCGGCCGUGGUGACCACGGGUGUGGCCUACGCCCUGUGGACCUACGUCUCCGCCCUGCGCCCAGCGAGGAGGCCACACCUGCCCGGACCCGAGGCUGCAACUCCUGCGCGCGGGCGCGCAGAGGAAAGAAAGCAAACAGGAGCGGUGGAAAUGGAGAAUGUGAAGAAAGGGAAGGCUAAGGAAGUGGCGAAGGAGAAAAUUAAGGUGAAAGGAAAAGAAGAGAGAAAGAAAGAAGUGUCGAAGGGGAAAGAGAAAGGGAAGGAAGAGAAGUGGAUAAGAAAAGAUAAUGAGCAGGAAAAGGAGAAAGAGCAAGGGAAGGAGACAGCAGCCAAGAAUGAGCAAUUUAAAGAAAAACCAGAGGUAGAGAAGAGCGACAGCACCAAGACAGAGACGCCUCUGGAGUCAUCAGUAGAAAACCAGGACAAAAAUAAGCAGAUCCUAGUUCUAGGCCUGGAUGGAGCAGGGAAAACCAGCAUCCUCGACUCUCUAGCUUUAAACAAAGUCCAGCAUAGCAAGGCACCCACCCAAGGUUUCAAUCCCGUUUGCAUCGACAUUGAAGACAACCAAAUGGAGUUCCUGGAGAUUGGCGGCAGCGAGCCUUUUCGUUCUUACUGGGAAAUGUACCUGUCCAAGGGAUUGUUGCUGAUCUUUGUGGUGGAUUCAGCAGAUCACAAUCGAUUACCUGAAGCCAAAAAAUUCCUUCACCAACUAACAGAAGCAAAUCCAAUCCUUCCUCUGGUUGUGUUUGCACACAAACAGGAUCUCGAGGCAGCCUAUCACAUUACAGAUAUCCACGAAGCAUUAGCAUUAUCUGAGGUGGGAAAUGACAGAAAAUUGUUCUUGUUUGGAACUCAAGUGACCAAGAAUGGCUCAGAGAUACCUUCUACUAUGCAAGAUGCCAAAGACCUGAUUGCACACCUGGCUGCAAAUGUGCAGUAAGCAGGACGAGGCCCACUGUGUGACUCACCACCUACAUGUCAUUGGGGAAUGCUGAGUGGCAGGCUUGAAACCAAAGGUUUCCACUUUCGAUUAAAAAAUAAGACAUUUCCUAUUUUCUCAAUGCAUGACAUAUACACAAAGAUAAUGUUAAUUCAUUAUGAGUAUCUACUUAUUUAGAUUUUGAACUUUAAACGUAUUUAUAGCUGGGCAUGGUGGUGCACGACUGUAAUCCCACUGGGGGGACUGGGGAAGAUGACUGGGGAGGAUCUCAAGUUUGAGAUCAGCUUGGGAAACCUAGAAAAAGCCUGUCUCAAAAUAAAAAAAAUAAAAAGGGCCAGAGAUAUAGCUCAGUGGUAAAAUACUCCUGGAUUGAAUCUAAUACUGCAAACAGCUAACCAAACAAAAACAUUUCAUUUUAUUUUUUGGUACCAGGAAUUGAACUCAGGGGUGCAUAGCCCCUGAGACACAGCCCCAGUUCUUUUUGUUUCUUAUUUUGAGACAGGAUCUUAUUAAGUUACUUAGGGCCUCACUAAGUUGCUGAGGCUGGCUUUGAACUUAUGAUCCUCCUGCUUUAGCCCCUCUAGCUGCUGGGAUUCCAGGCAUUCACCGCCACACCCAGUCAACAUAUUUUAUUGAUUUUUAAAAAAAUAAAUGACAGCAGAAUGCAUUACAAUUCUUAUUACACAUAUAUAGCACAACUUUUCAUAUCUCUGGUUGUACAAUUAACAUAUUUUAAAAACAGCAUAUUUGGAGUGAAUUAGGAUUUUUUAUUUUUCCAGUGCUGGGGUUUGAACAAAGGGCCUUGCACAUGCUAACCACAUGCUUUUCCACUUAGCUCCAUCUCCAGCCCUAGAAUUAGGAUGUUUAAUCAACAAAAGUAAAGUGAACAUUAGAAUGUUUUCA